AUGGCGCCGACCACACCGCCGGGGCCGGAAAGCUCCGUCUUAGAGAGGAUUGAGGACAGGCUGGGGAGUCUGACGGCUUCUAUGGCCACAAAAGAUGACCUGAAGUCUCUUACCACAGCCAUCCAGGACACUCUGAGAGCUGAAAUGGCGGGUAUCCGCUCUGAGGUUGCAUCUCAUGCGGGCCGCAUAACAAGCAUGGAGGAGGCGGCUGAGGCCCUCACGGCGCGCCAAACGUCCGCGGAUACAGCAAUAGCCCGCCAAGGUACGCUGCUCCUAUCAAUGAGAAGACACCUCGAGGACCUGGAUAAUAGGGGUCGGAGGUGUAAUAUACGCAUCCGGGGAGUGCCUGAAGAUGACAGUACGGCUGAAAAUGUCGUGGAAAUACUCACCGAAAUCUUCCAGACAAUCCUGCAGCCGACAUCAGCCGGAACAUAUAGAAUUCGAGCGGGCACAUAG